GCGGUGGCGGGUGGCGGGCGCGGCGCGGCGCCAUCUUGCAGCCGGCGGCGCGGAUUGAAUGAGCCCGCCGAGCCCGGGCCGCCGUCGGGAGUCGCGCAGGCCGCGAGCCGCAGCCGCCACCGCCGCCAUGGCCACGCCGCUGUCCGGCCGAGCGGGCGGGCCCGCCACGCCGCUGUCGCCCACGCGCCUGUCGCGGCUGCAGGAGAAGGAAGAGCUGCGGGAGCUGAACGACCGCCUGGCGCACUACAUCGACCGCGUCCGCGCGCUCGAGCUCGAGAACGACCGGCUGCUGCUCAAGAUCUCCGAGAAGGAGGAGGUGACCACGCGCGAGGUGAGCGGCAUCAAGGCGCUGUACGAGUCAGAGCUGGCUGACGCCCGGAGGGUCCUGGAUGAGACAGCCCGAGAGCGCGCCCGGCUGCAGAUUGAACUGGGGAAACUGAGGGCCGAGCUGGAGGAGGUCAACAAGAGCGCCAAGAAGAGGGAGGGCGAGCUCACGGUGGCCCAGGGCCGCGUGAAGGACCUGGAGUCCCUGUUCCACCGGAGCGAGGCGGAGCUGGCCGCUGCCCUCAGUGACAAGCGCGGCCUAGAGAGCGACAUGGCCGAGCUGCGGGCCCAGCUUGCCAAGGCAGAGGAUGGUCACGCGGUGGCCAAAAAGCAGCUGGAGAAGGAGACACUGAUGCGUGUGGACCUGGAGAACCGCUGCCAGAGCCUGCAGGAGGAGCUCGACUUCCGGAAGAACGUGUUUGAGGAGGAGGUGCGGGAGACGCGGCGACGGCACGAGCGGCGCCUGGUGGAGGUGGACAGCAGCCGGCAGCAGGAGUACGACUUCAAGAUGGCGCAGGCGCUGGAGGAGCUGCGCAGCCAGCAUGACGAGCAAGUGCGGCUGUACCGGCAGGAGCUGGAGCAGACCUACCAGGCCAAGCUGGACAACGCCAAGCUGAGCUCCGACCAGAAUGACAAGGCAGCCAGUGCCGCCCGUGAGGAGCUGAAGGAGGCCCGCAUGCGUGUCGAGUCCCUCAGCUACCAGCUCUCCAGCCUCCAGAAGCAGGCGAGUGCUGCUGAGGACCGCAUCCGGGAGCUGGAGGAGGCCGUGGCCGGGGAGCGGGACAAGUUCCGGAAGAUGCUGGACGCCAAGGAGCAGGAGAUGACAGAGAUGCGGGACGUGAUGCAGCAGCAACUGGCCGAGUACCAGGAGCUGCUGGACGUGAAGCUGGCCCUGGACAUGGAGAUCAGCGCCUACCGCAAGCUGCUGGAGGGCGAGGAGGAAAGGCUGAAGCUGUCCCCCAGCCCGUCCUCGCGCAUCACCAUCUCGAGGGCCACCUCGAGCAGCAGUGGCAGCAGCGUGGCGCUGGCCGGGCGCCCGGGCCGCAGCAAGCGGAAGCGGCUGGAGGUGGAGGAGUCCCCGGGCAGCAGCUCGAGCGGCCUGGGCACAGGCAGCAGCAGCAGCAGCUUCCACCUGGCCCAGCAGGCCUCGGCCUCAGGCAGUGUCACCAUUGAGGAGGUCGACCUGGAGGGCAAGUUCGUGCAGCUGAAGAACAACUCAGACAAGGAUCAGUCUCUGGGGAACUGGAGGAUCAAGAGGCAGAUCUUGGAGGGGGACGAGAUUGCCUACAAGUUCACACCCAAGUACAUCCUGCGGGCCGGCCAGACAGUCACGGUGUGGGCAGCUGGUGCAGGGGUGGCCCACAGCCCCCCGUCGACCCUCGUGUGGAAGAGCCAGACCAGCUGGGGCGCCGGGGAGAGCUUCCGCACCGUCCUGGUCAAUGCCGAUGGAGAGGAAGUGGCCGUGAGGGCCGUGAAGCAGUCCUCGGUGGUGCGGGAGAAUGAGAAUGGGGAGGAGGAGGAGGAGGAGGAGGAGGCGGAGUUUGGCGAGGAGGAUCUGUUCCACCAGCAGGGGGACCCGAGGACCACCUCAAGAGGCUGUCACGUGAUGUGAACUCAGCACUCCUCAUUCACACAUCUUUAUUUGCCCAGAGCCACUGAAAACUAUUUUUAUAUCAUUGGCUUUCUUUAGUUCUUGAUACAUUUCUAGAGAAUUUUUAAGCAAACUGCCAGGAUGUGGGUGUGGGCCUCUGCUGAUCUUUCCUAUGGUGGGUGCCCUCGGACCCUCCCUGUCACCCACCCACCACUAGCCAGGAGAUCUUUCUUAGUACUUUCCCCCCCCCCGAUUUCACCAUGUGGUUGAAUCUGAGGCCCGGGGCUGGGAGGGGCCUGGCUGGGAGGCGGGAGGGCCGGUGGGGCUGCUUUGCUGCCUCUGCCUCUGUAGGCCAGGCUGGGAGGGGACAGGAGAUGGCCCCUUGGGCCUUGCAGGGGGUAGAGAGCAGAAACUGCAGAAGAAUUUAGUGGUUGUGGGUUUUAUUUUUUUAAAGCUUUUUAAAAACCAAAUUCAGAGUCCAGGUUCUGACCUGGCGGGGCAGGGGCUCGGCCUGCAUCGUGGCUGCUGCCUUUUGGACAGCGGGAACCCACCACGCGACCAAGAGUCGGGUGCUGAUGGUGCGGGAUCGGCCUGGUCCCAGGACAGAUGUAUUCAGUAUGUAUUCAGGGAGUUGGUAGCGGUUCCUGCUCUGACGGCACGGGCGCAGGCUGGUGUCACUGACCCUUGAUUCUAUUUUCUGGGCCUUGAGUCUGGAGCUUUCUACAGUUUACUUCCUAACCCUGCAGGACCAACAGGGCAGGAGAAAGGACACACAAGAACAGUCCUACUCUAAGACUUGCUAGGAUGAUAAAUGGGAAGGGGACGAGCUGAGGGGACACGAUGGCUGACCCCGGAGCAGAGGCCUUGAGCUUCACAACUGCUGUCUGUGGUACUGCCAAGUCCUGACCCUUCCAGAGGAGAGUGAUUUAGGGUAGGCCCGGCUCCCCGCCCCGCACCCUGGCUCCCUGUGUGGCUCUAUGUGUAGUGUGGUCUCCUAUAUAUACAUACGCAUAUAUUGGUAUUGUAGUUUCUAUCUGUAACUUUCUCGCUGAUAUUAUGUUUCUCAGACAGACAUGCCAACGCCAGCUGCCUCCCAUCCCCGCUCAACCCCAGACCAGCUUCCUGGCCACCCAGUGCCCCCCCCCUUUGGCAAUAGCUUCCUGUUUACGCCCCCCACAUAGAUACACAGAAGUUAUUUUUUUAAUGGAUAUUUAUUUUUUUACAUUGGUCAGUACACAGAUUGCCGGGACCCCACUUCAGGGGCUCAUACCAGGGCCUCAAGGGCAGGCUGGCCAUCCCCCCAGGGGGAGGCGCUGGUGCGGGGAACCCCCACCCCCAUGACAAACUUCCUUCAGAAAGUGCAGCUGAGUCUUAAAGACGCAACACUGAGCCACGUGCGCUGCCCAGCUUGGCUGGGCCUCGCGGUCAUUGCAGGGCAGAUGGCGCUGCUGAGUCCGCAUGUCUUGCUUCCCUGGGGACUUGCUUUUGGUGAGGAGGGAAUUGGAGGCCUGAGCCCCAGGCCAGGAAGGUGCCAGUGGCUGACAGCAAAACGGCUGCUGCUGCUGGACCUACACCUGCACCCAAGGGUGUCUGCCAGCUGCCCUUGCUUCCAGAAGUUCCCAGUUUUUUCUGUGGUGACUCUGCAUUCCCUGGGCUGUGGCUCUUUCCCGGUGUGGAGGGAAGUGUGUUUUACCAAAGCAAUUCCUUGUGAAAGGUCCAGACAGGAUUAACUACUAUGCUCUGAGUCAGACAGGUUUGUGGGGAGCUCUCCCUGCCCUGGCGUGUGCAUCUUCCCCUAUCCUACGGAGAGUGUAUCCACCAGGGCUGGCAGGGCUCUGGCCACUGAGAAGCAGGAACGCUGGUUCCAGGUGCUACCCCCCCUUCCCCACCCUCACCAGCAGGAACUGCCCACACCUGACCAGCUGUCCUUCGUGCAAGCAGGGGUUUUGGAGGGUGGGUCUUGGUGGUCCUGACAUGUAGGGGGUUUGGCGCUAGCUUCAGUCAUAUCCUUCUACGUAUUUUGGGGCUCUGGGGGAGCAACACCAUAACCUGGAGUUGGGUCUGUGAUUUGCUGAAACAGACUUGCAGACUGGGCUUAGGGACAAAGGGAGAAGGCCCAGCAGGUUCAGGUGUCCAGAGAGACUGCCAGGCCCCUCCUGUGGCACAGCCCCCAUCCCGGGGCCACAGACACCCUCCCCUGACCCCUGGGUGCACAGGUUACUCUGGGCAGAGUCUGACCAAUUCCAAGCUGGUCUGGGUCUUUACCCCACAUUUGCAUUGAGUAGAGCUGGAAGUUGUCCAGGUGCUUAGGGUGCCCUUAGGUGGUGGGGGUGAGGGUGGGGAGUUAAUUGGGUGGCCAGUUGGUGAUUGGAGCUUAAUGACGGUCACUGGUAAUCAAGUAUUUGGAAACAGCAGAAUCCAAUUUCACAAAGCUGGCCUGGGAAACGGAAUUUGCACUUGUUCUCAAAUAAGCUUAUUAGCUGUGUGCCACUUAGAACGACGGACGCGGUGCAAAUGGUCCCUCUGUGUGAGUCCCUAUUGGGCGACUCCCAGCACAGUACUCUUCCUGAGGAGGCUUCAGUCUGGGGCAUCCCUGGCCAGGGAAGCCCUCUGCUGCUGGAGCAACAGGCAGGGCUUCAGGGCACAGGCCUGGGUCAGCCCAUUGAGCCCAGGAGCCCCGUUGUUGGAACCCAACUUGAUCCUGCACCUGUUUUCACGGCAGGGGUGGCUUUGAGUUGGGUUUGUUUUUAACCUGCCUCUGGACAGCAGUUGUAUUUAUAUUAAAGAUCCGAGUGGGACUGACGGUCCCCAUGGCAUCGCCACUUCAGUGUUGUCAUCCACGCAUCCAACGGAGCAUCACAGCACAACUUGCAGGUGGACUCGGACUGCCAACAACUGCGGGCUGGCAGAGACUUCCAGAGAUUUCGUUGGUUUUUAAGAAGAUGCAUGCCAAAUGUGUGGUCUUUUUUUCCCCCCAAUGAUUUGUAAUAUACAUUUUAUGACUGGAAAUUUUUUUGUACAACACUCCAAUAAACAUUUUGGUUUUAA